AAGCAGCUGAAGCCUCUGACUGACCAAGUGGAGAAGAUUAAAGAUUUAACUCCGCCGGACUUUGGGCCUUUAGCGGAAUGGGUCGCGAAGGCGGGGCUAAGGGCAGGAGAGGACAGGGGUCUGGAUGUGCAGCUCGAGGGCGUCCAUUCAAAACAGCAAUCGGCGCCUAUUCCGUUCUGGGGCGAAACGAAGGUGGAGGUUGACCUAGGGCAGAGUGAUGUGAAGCAGGAAGAAACGAAGGGGGAAGGCAUUGCACUGAAGCAGCUUCCACCGUGGAUGAUCAGGCAGGGAAUGAAUCUGACACCUCAGCAAUCGGGAGCGGCUGCCGCGGGCAAAGUCAAGGCGGAAGUGAAGGCUGAACCUAGCAGCAGCUGUAUGGCUGGGGGAGGGGGCUGGGGAGGAGGGUUGUCGACGGUGAAGAAAGAAGAAGGGGGAGAGGCAGAUGACAAAGAGGCAGUGCAGCGCCAACUGCAGGAGGCAUACGUGAAGGCGUACUAUGAAGCGUUAAUGAAGAGACAUCAGGAACUGGGAGGAGAUGCCACUGAACAGAACGAUCCUGCGGUUGGCACUGUGAAAAAGGAAACUGUCACUGUCAAAAUAGAGCCUGGUGAUGAGAGACAGGUGGGAUCCAGGGUAAAGCGGGAGAGAUCAGACGGCGAGGAAGACGAAGAUGAAGAGGACGUGGAAUGGGAAGCAGGAACGCAAGACAUUGCUGGUGCAGGUGGGGCGGUCGAGGUUGAAGACGAUGACAAGCUGACCUGGGUCGCCGGUGAAGAUGCACAGGAUGCAGAUGGAGGCAGAGGUGCUGCGGAUGAGGGAGCAGCGGAGGAAGCAAGGGACGAUGGUGAUGAUGACGGCGAUGAUGAUGAUGUUGAUUGGGAGAAUGGAGGAGAGGACCUGCCUGAGGAUGAGCUCGGCUUCAUGACGGACUUUGCCAGCGAUACACCAAUUCACCCUUCUGUGCGCUAACAGCCACACGGGGGAGUUGGGAUGUCUUAAUAGGUAGAUAGGAGCAGGGAUUCAUCUCUUGGCGCGAAAGUGUACAGCGUUAUGUAUUAUUUUGAUAUUCUUCUUUCCUUCUGGACUUCGACUUCGACUUCGUUUCCGGGGUGAGAUGUUGGUUCAUCGGAAUGGGCAUUGACAGCACGAUGAGACGAGAACUUGUGAUAAAACAAGGAACAUGGUGGUUCCCUGCAUUAUGGAGAGCUGUUUGAAGGCCCUUGAGUCAAAUGCAACUGAUUUUUCUCCUUUGCUGUGUAUGAAAACACGUCUGCAAAAGGGUACCAGGAAUGGGGAGAUGGGCUGAAUUGUGGCAUCAUGAUUGAGAGGUAGAGGGAUGGGUGGCAUCAACUGCGCUUUAGUUGUUGCUGGAUUGUUGUGUCAUGAUUGAGAGUCGGAGGGAUGGGCGGUGUCAACUGCGCUACAGUUGCUCUGACGUCAUAGACUGCCAUAUGAACCUGAUCUCUGCACAUGAAGCGAUGCAUUCCCAGAGUGAACCGUCAGCAAUGCAAGUCCAAAGAUCACCAAUAUGAAGAGAUGCAAUGUGACACAGCGGAAGACUCAAAUGAGAUAGGACUGACUCUGACUAUGCAGCUAAAUGACAAAGUCGCUCAGAUCUGAUCUCACACCAGUGAGGAGGGGUCCAGUCAUAGAACAAUCUCCCUGCUGCAAUCAUACAUACACGAAUCCAGAGGGAGAUGUAAGGAACAAGAAGAACAACAACAAGAACAAGAACAAGAACAACAACAAGAACAACAACAAGAACAAGAACAACAACAAGAAGAAAACCCGGUGUA